AUGCUUCCAGAUUUGGAGAAUAAUGAAUCUAAAGAUUGUUUUCUUUUUGUAUUUAGUUUAGAAGAAAUCGGACACAUACAAUACCACAAAGCAGUAAAACAUAUUUACGUAUCAGCUGAACUAGAAAACCUCAACAUGUCCGGUCCAAUAACAUUCGCGCCAGUUAAUACCUUUCAUUUUGAAAAUACAUUUGCUCCGUUGAGUGGUGAGCGUGUAAUCAAAUUAUAUGAGUGUAACGAAGGAUGUUCAAGCUGUUGUGGACCAAAAACAAAAAUUGCACUUACUGAUCGUAGAAUUAUAGCUCGACACCAACAACCAAAUGUGUGCUGUGCUGAAGGUGCUCACGUUGAUACAAGUAUUUUCUUACGUGACAUCGAGCUAAUAGGCGAAGCUGGUCGAGAAAAACAGAACUCCUGUUUAAUUAUUCUUAUUGCCAUUCUUAGCUGUACAUGGCCUUGCUUAUGUUGUGCUAUGUGCUGUGGUGAUCAACCUAAAGUGCUGCACGUCAAAGGUGGAUUUGGUGACGAAGGAUUGAUCUUCAGUAGAACUGAAAUAAUUACUGCUGCAAACGAUUUAUCAGCAAUGAUUCUACCGUUCAAAAAUUUACAAUAA